AUGCCACCCAGACCAAGGCAAGGUCGGGAUAAUCCAGGGGAUCUUGAUGAAAAUGAGGACGAGGCCCAGCCGCCAUUUUUCAAUACCACCUUCUCAACCCACCGCGUCUCCCCGUUGUACAUUGGUCGGCAGGAACUCACCUUGGCCCGCCUCGCACAACUUGCUCAUCGUCUCCGAGAUACGCUCGUGGGAGACGUCGUACGGGGCAUCCAGAUUGGGUUGGAAUCAAGCGACACGCCUUCCGGACAAGUAGGCUCACUGAGAUCAGUCAAGAUCCGCUGGUUCCAGGCGCAAAACCUGCUUGGCGGCGAGCUCACCUACACCGAGCAGAGUGGCGGAGGGGGCAUCGCCGACUCGGUCAUGAGGCAGUGGAAUCGGUUGCGUGAGGGGCACAAGCGCGGGCUUUGGAUUGAAAUAGCGCACGAAAACGCGUCCUACAUGGCCCUGUUAUUACCGGGACACCCGGGCGCGGUUCGGGACAGGACAGCCUCGGUCGGUUGGGCCAUGCAGCCUGAUGCUCAACCUCUCGGCAGAGGCGCUGACCAGAACCAGUUUGUGCACCUGCCGCUGCUUCUGCUGAGGAUGCCCCAGGCUCUGAAGGGCGUCGUCGGCGACUGGAUCUCUACGACGUUUGAUUGCCGAGUGAGCAAGCUCAACUUGGGGACAAGAACACUGGUCACAGUAUGGGAAGAUUGGAUCAGGAUUGCGGGGUUGCCGGGAAAGGGCCCAGACUUUGCCAUUUCAUUGGCAUUCAACGCACCACUGCCCGAGAAGGAGAGAUCGAGGACGUCCGAGUCGGAAGAAGAAAGCGACGACGACGACGACGAUGACGACGACGACGGCGGCGGCAUGUCGACGGAACCAGGACUCCGCAGCAUGGAAAUAACCAUAUCGCCCCAGGAUCUGCGGCGAUUUUUCCGCGCUGGCGAGCAAUCCGGCGAGCCGUUCAGCAGCUCCAGCUCGGGUCCCUGGGAGAACGACGCUCGCGAACGUCGCCGCCUAGCGGGAGGCAACGUAGACGACGGCUGGGCAUGGCGCGCGAACCAGGGACCAAAUGAGCAGCCAUUCACAGAGGCGCUGGCGCGAUACCUAGAUCACCAUCUGGCGCUCGACCUGUUCCACCCCAGUGUGCGCGUCGUGCAGAUUUCAUGUGGUGGCUUCGUGCUUGCACAGUCCCGCCUGAAAAUCGUCAAGGUGGGAUCCGUAUCAGAAGAGCUGGCUCGAGCUGCGUGGGUGUUUGUCACACGGCUGGGGGAAAGACUGCGCGGAGAAAAACUUGCCGACAUUGGAUUCUGA